GCUGGCUUCAAAAUACCACAACUGGAGACUUAUGAUGGGACGAAGGAUCCCGAUGAUCAUCUGCAUGCUUUCUACUCUUGCAUGCAAGCUCAGAACGCCUCUGACGCGUUGAUGUGCAAGAUCUUCCCCUCUACUCUCCGAGGUAAUGCCCAAACUUGGUAUUACAGCUUACCUCCGAGGUCAAUUAGCUCGUAUACAGAAAUGACAUCUGCCUUUGCCACUAAGUUUUCCAGUAAAAGGUUGAUUAGGAAAACUACUUCUGAGCUGAUGAGAGUUAAACAGAGCGAUGGAGAAUCUCUCAAGAACUAUAUGAGCAGGUUCAAUGAUGCGGUAUUGGAGGUUAGUUCCUUUGAUCAAGCUGUGGGGAUUGCAGCUGUGAUCUCUGGUCUUAAGCAUGACAGGUUCAGAGACAGUUUGAUCAAACAUGCUGCCACCACCUUCAGCGAGGUGAAUGAUAGGUCUCUCAAAUUUAUAACUACUGAGGAGUACGCCCUGGCGCAAAACCCACCUCCCUCUAAGAACCAGAACCCAGAUUGGAGAGAUGACAACCCGAGCAGGAAAAGGAUGAGGGUGGCGCAGAACCGAGGUCCGAUGUUGACUUCCCCGCCGAGAUUCGGAAGGCCGAACUCAACACCCCCACAGCAAUCUGCAGGUAAAUCUCCAGCUAAUUGGACUCCCUUCAAUCUGCCGAGUCGAGACCAUACCAGAUAUUGUGAUUUCCACCAGGAUCACGGCCAUACUACAGAGCAGUGUAACAGCUUAAAGUCCGAAUUAGAAAGUUUAGCUCAGAAGGGAAUGCUGAAUGAGUAUGUUCAGAGAGCUGAACAACCGAGGUUUGUCAGAGAGCAGAGGCUGCAGCCUCAAGGAGUCCGCAAUCCCCCAAAUAGACAAGGUGUGGGAUAUCAGCAAGCCCCACCUCCGCUCCCACCACUGGCUAGAAUCAUACAUAUGAUUACGGGAGGCCUUGAAGCAGGUGGACUGAGCUCUAAACAGCGAAAGCUGUAUGUCAGAGAAGUUAAGCAUCAAAACCGAGCUCAGAAGCGGAAGAUUGACGAUGCUGAGUGGAAAAAUCAGCCCAUUACUUUUACAUCUGCUGACCUCGACACAGUUGUUACACCCCACAAUGAUCCUCUGGUCACUUCUGUCAUGAUCAACAACUGUGAAGUACAGCGUGUCCUUGUUGACACCGGGAGUACACCAGACAUCAUGUACUUCCACUGUUUCGAGAGUCUGGGGCUAGAUCCAGCAUUGUUGCAGAAGUAUGAUGGUCCUAUCUAUGGUUUCAACAACCAACCUGUUCCGGUAGAAGGAGUUCUUACCCUCCAUGUGGCUUUUGGGAGUGGUCGGACCUAUGUAGCCCCUUCAGUCCGGUUCCUCGUCGUCAAGAUGGCCUUUUCUUUCAACAUUGUUAUUGACCGACCUACAUUGACCGAAAUCCGAGCUGUGGUUUCCCAAUCUCACCUCUGCAUGAAAUUCCCCACUCCUAUGGGAAUAACAACACUGCGAGGAAAUCAGGAGGUGGCCAGACACUGUUAUAUCACCUCGGUAACACAACCAACCAAGGGCAAAGAUAAGACACCCGAGGUCAUUCCCCAACGAGUUCCUAAUAAUCAACAGGUUAUGGGUGUAAAGAUCGUUGAUAAUCGACCGGAAGACGAAACCAGAGCUGCUCCGGUCGAAGAUGUUGAAGACGUGCUCGUUGAUGACAGAGAUCCGAGCCGAAAGACGCAGAUCGGAACUAAAUUGAACCCAGAGGAGAGAGCAGAACUGAUAGCUUUUCUCCGAGCUAACAAUGAUGUAUUUGCAUGGACUUCGGCAGAUAUGCCAGGAAUUCCAACUUCAGUAUGUCAACAUAAACUCAGUACCAACCCAUUGAAGAAACCAGUGGCCCAGAAGCGGCGUCUCUUCGGGCGGGGGGGGGAGAGGCUUCAGGCUAUUAAAGAAGAGGUAGAGAAACUCCUACAAGCCGGCUUUGUCAGGAAAGUUGAUUACUGCGAAUGGGUGGCUAACCCAGUUCUGUUUGAGAUCACGUUUCAGCAGAGGUCGGCCAUCCGAGCUCAAGCAUUAGCAGAUUUUAUUGUUGAAUGCACCCCAUGUCCCUCAACCUCUACUCCAAAACCCAACGAAUGGACCUUAUAUGUUGAUGGAGCAUCUAGUAGCAAGGGUUCAGGGGAUGGUGCUCUCUUGAUUGGUCCAGACGGUUAUCGAAGUGAACAUGCUUUGAAGUUCAACUUUGAUGCGACAAAUAAUAUGGCUGAGUAUGAAGCUCUGCUACUCGGCCUACAACUAGCGUUAGAGUUGAAAAUCAGUGCAAUUCAAGUGUACAGUGACUCCCAGCUGGUGGUGAACCAAAUCAACUCUAUUUGCGAAGUGGUUGAUCCUGUGAUGAUGAAGUAUGUAGCCUUGGUGGCCGAGCUGAAGUGCAAAUUCCAGAAAUUCUGUCUGAGUAAAAUCCCCCGAGCUGAGAACGAACAGGCAGAUUCACUCUCCAAGUUUGCCUCUGAUAGCUCUUUAAGUUCCAGAUCUGUUUUUGUAGAAGUCUUAGACGAACCAAGCUUCACGAAGCCUCGGGUGAUGGAGAUUAGCACAAACCCCGACAUGCCGAGCUGGAUUGAUUCGAUUGUCUCCUUUUUACAAGAUGGGAUCGUACCUGAGGACAGGCAGGAGGCAAUGAAAUUGAGGAAGAAAGCAUCUCGAUAUACACUCGUUGAUGGGGUCCUAUAUAAGAGAUCUUUCUCACUCCCUCUUCUACGGUGUUUAAGCCCUUAUGAAGCUGAAUAUGCACUUCGAGAGGUACAUGAAGGUAUCUGUGGGAGCCAUGUCGGUGCCAGGACUCUGGCUCACAAGGUCUUAAGGCAAGGAUAUUACUGGCCAAACAUAUACAAAGAUGCCACUUACUUUGUUCAGAAAUGCCCGAAAUGCCAAUUCUUCGCACAUCUGACUCACCAACCAGCAGAAGAACUCACAAACAUGGUAGCACCGUGGCCAUUUGCUCAGUGGGGACUGGAUCUUUUAGGCCCAUUCGUGAAAAGGGUUGGUGGUGUAACCCAUAUGGUUGUUGGUGUGGAUUAUUUUACAAAGUGGGUUGAAGCUCGGCCUUUAUCUAGUCUUACCUCUAAGAAGGUCAAAGAUUUUGUUUUCAGCUCGAUCAUCUGCAGAUAUGGGAUCCCAAAUCAGAUUGUGGCUGAUAAUGGAACUCAAUUCAAUUGCUCCUCAUUCCGCGAUUUCUGUUCCAGUUAUGGGAUCAAGUUACAGUUCACCUCUGUUUAUCAUCCGGAGUCCAAUGGCAUGGUUGAAUCUGUUAACAAAUGCAUUCUGGAAGGUAUAAGGCCGAGAUUGGAACAUCAUAAGGCCAAAUGGGCAGACGAGCUCAACAACGUGCUCUGGGCAUACAGAACCACGAGCCGAACUACCACAGGUGAAACACCCUACCACUUGGCCUUUGGUACCGAAGCAGUCAUUCCUGUUGAGAUAGGAGUCCCAAGCUUCCGGGUCACCCAUUUCGAUGAAGCACGAAAUGGACAACUGCUUCGGGAAAACCUUGAUCUGCUUGCUGAAGUCGGAGAAGAAGCUCGGCUUCGAACUCUUGUAUACAAGCAGAAACUAGCCAACUUCUACAAUAAACGGGUCCGCCCUCGAACUUUCAAAGUAGGAGACCUUGUUCUCAGAAAAGCUGGCCUAACGGGGUUUGAAACUCGUUUUGGCAAACUCGCCCCGAACUGGGAAGGCCCUUAUGCCGUGGCCGAGGUGCCACAUCCUGGUGCCUAUGUCCUCCAAGACGUUGAAGGAAAAAGAGUUCCUAGAGUCUGGAAUAUCAAUAACUUGAAGAAAUUUUACCCCUAAUGAAAGUCUUCUAAGCAAUCUAUGUCUUACUGUUCUUUACGCUUUUCACUUCGCGUUUAUUGAAAAUCAUUUUACCUCUUAUUCUAUGUAUCUGAGGUCAAUCAGUUCAUUCCCUUCUGUUAAUAAAUGUCACUUCACAUU